AUGAGUACAGUUAUGGAGGAAAGCAAAAUGGAAAUUGAGACGAAUAAAGAAAAUGAGUGCGACGGAAAGGUGACCCAUGGGUCCCACGAGGGUAACACCAACGGAAAUGGUGAAGGCGACCAAAAAAGCGCCGACAAGGCUGAAGGUGGUGACAAUGGUGAAGGCGACCAAAAAAGCGCCGACAAGGCUGAAGGUGGUGAAAAAAGCGCCGACAAGGCUGAAGGUGGUGACAAUGGUGAAGGCGACCAAAAAAGCGCCGACAAGGCUGAAGGUGGUGACAAUGGUGAAGGCGAUCAAAAAAGCGGCGAUAACGAUAAGGGAAACGAAAAUGAAAGCAAGGCCGAAAAUGAGGAGAACAAAAGCAGCAACCGCUGGGCGGACAUGUGCGAGGACUACGACGCUCCCUUAGUUGAUACAUAUAAUGACGACAACGAUAUGAAGCACAAAACGACGGAUAGCAAUUUUAACGACAUGAAUAGCAGCAUUAAGCAAAAUUAUUUCAUGUCAAACAAAAAUGACAUGAGCAACUUCUCGCCAAGCUACGAAGUGUACAUCCGUAACUUGCACCUGGAGAUAACGAAGGAAGAAGUGUACAACUUAUUCGAGGGUUACCGCAUCAGGAGGGUGAACAUUUUAAAUAAAAAGGGCAAAACAGCAGCGGCAUAUGUAGAGUUUGACAAUGCGGAGGACAUGAACAGGUCGCUGGAGUUAAAUGGAAGGAUGAUUUAUUCUGGAAAUAACACAUUCGAGCAGGGAGCAAUAUCGGUCAUAAUAAAUAAGGACAAAAUGAAAAAUUUCAACAGCAAUCAGAAGCAAAAUAAGUUUAAAAAAGUUAUCGGCAGGAGCAAUAACAGCUUUGCGAGCUUGCGACAGGGAAAUAACAAUAUGAGUAACUUGAUGAGCAAUUACAACUCAGGAGUGAAUAGUGGCAAUAACAUGAACAGUAGUAACAAUAGUCCCUUCGGAAUGAGUAAUAAUAUGUACUUCAAUGACAGCAACAAAAAUUUGAGGAUGGAAAUGAAGGGGAACGCGAUGAAUACCAGUAAUAACAUGGGUACAAGUUUUAAUAAUUACACACACAUGAAGUUAAAUUAUAUGAACAAUAGUAACAACAAUAGUGGAAGUGGCAUGAAUAUGAACCAAGGAAGCAACAAUAAUGCCCACAUGCUAAAUGAAAAAAUGAAUAAUAGUGCUGCGUUUGCCUUUAAAAGUAUGAAUUACCCCAACAGUAGCAACAACAAUAGUGGGGGAAAAAAUGUCAACAUGAACAGUGAAGGCAAUGCCAAUACGUCAACCUUACCAGAACAGAGGAAAAAGCUAGUCCUGAAGAAACGCUCCGUGCCUCUAGAUCAAAAGACGUAUGUUAUCAACCCAAGCAUCUUUGGAGAGGCCAAACCGGUUGAUACAAACCCGGACAAAAUUUUAGGCGAUAACGUUACCAAGGAGAAAGAUUCAAAUGCUGCUACGAAUAACGCUGGUGAAGAGGGGGUUAAGAAGGCUGAAGGACAGGAAGAUGAUGACGCGCAGCAGAAGAAGUCCAUCGGGAUGAACAAUGAAAAUGUUGGGAACGGCGUGAACGACCCGAACAGUAGCAGCAGCGGAAAUAAGUACGUGUUUAACUACAAAAAAAAUAUGAACGCAGGGAGAAAUUUUAACCUAAAUAGCAACGUCCAAAGCAGCAGCAAUAACAACAACAAUAGCAGCAGCAACAAUAACAAUAACAAUAGCGGUAGCACCUCGGGGGGGAAGUUCUCCAGCGCCAAAAAGGUUUUCAUGAUGAAUAAGAAUAACCCCAGUAACAACCCCAGCAACAACCCCAGCAGUGGGAUGAAGAAAAAUUUGAACAGCUUUGAUAAUAACCAGAGUGGGAGCAAGAGCAUAGGAAAUAGCGGCCUGAGCAGCCCGCGCAGCCCCAAUGCGAACAACCUCGGUUCGGACUCGGGCAACACCACAGGGAACAUGAAAAGGUUGAACAUGAGCAACAAGAAUUACAAAAAUGGAGAAAUGAAUAAUAGUGUACACUCUAGCCCAUUCAGCACCAAUGUGAAGAACACCAACGCAGAUGAUACUAAGAAGGGUCUGAACCUAAGAGGAAUGCACAGUCAUCAUAACGCAUUCGGAUCGUCAAACGCACAUGAACAUGGGACAGGAAAUAAUGCUUUUGGAGGAGGUAGCACGUCUAGGGAUGACUCGAAUGACAUGUUUGCGAACAUUCGAAGCGGGAACAUAAAGACGGAGAACAAAAGCAACGACUCUCCCUUUUCCAGCGGAAAGCAAAAAGAACUAAACAUCAUCAAGAAAGACGACAAGGCGCAUAUUAAGAAUAUCAUUAUGAAGAAUAUGAAGCGAGAGGAUGGAGGGAAUGCAAACUACUUGGGGAACAACAACAGUUGCGAUGGUAGCGGAGGUGCUGGCUACAAAAACAAAAGCGAAAACAGCCCCCUCUUUCGUAACAAAGAUUCAGGAGGACUAAACUUUAGGACAAACAAAGCUGGUGGAUCUACUGGUGCUUCUAAAUUGAACUCGGACAAUGAUGGAGGCAAGGACGGCAUGAUGAAUAAUUAUAAAAAGACUAAUGAUGGCAAUGUUAAGAAAGGCGAAGAGCCAUUUGAAAAUAUGAACCGAGGUCCCAACAGAAAUAUCAACAGGAAUAACAGUUCCUAUGGAAAUGUCACUUCAUCUCAAGGGGCGACCAGUGGGGAAGGUGCUAAUAAUAACAGCCGAUCAGGAGCAGCAGCAGAUAGCUACAAUACGCAAGGGGGAGACAACUCCUACAGUUACAAUAUUGAAAAUUUGUACGACAGUUCGCUAAAGUAUGUGAAAAAUGCCAAUAACUCAAGUAAGGCAAAAAAGGUUACUGCUGUGAAGACGGUGAAGGUUAUCGCGACGGAAAAGAAAAACGAUGAUGACAAUGACUCAGACAAGUUGAGGGAUAAAAAUGGAAAAGACGACCCAAACAAUGAUGGAGCGGGGGAUGAUCAAAACGGAGGUAACCCUAGUGGCAACAAUAACAGCAGCAGUAAUGGUGGCCAUGGAAAGGAAGAUAAAUAUAAUGACGAUAAAAAAGUGGGGAAUAAUUAUGACGACUCGGGCAGAAGCAAUGAUAAUUACACCUACGAAUCGGAUAGCUCAGAGAAUUGCAAAGACAUCACCACUACCAAUUUGAAGUCCACUCUUCUACACACUAAGACGAAAAAGAGAGUUAAGAAAAAACCUGUUGAGGAAGGAGAACAGAACAGCGGAAAUAAUAACCCUAAUGAUGAAAAUGCACAAAAUGGCCAAGCAGGAGGAAGUGGAAAUAGCAAGGGACAGAAAAUCGACAUUUUGAUGAAGCCCAAUUUGAAAAAGGGGGAAAAUAUUUGGGAAGCCAGAACCCACCUUCUCGUGGAGCAGGAGAAUAGUCUGAAGAAUGACAAAGGGUCACACGACGGCUCCAGGAGGAGUCGCUCCCCCGCGAACAAGGUCAGUCGAGAUAGCAGUCACCGCAGGGAUGAUAGCAAACGAAGGGUGAGUAGUAGUAGGAGGAGGAGGGACGACAGCAGGCGGGAUAGAUACGCACGCAGAUAUGAAAGGCGAGACGAUCGCCGAGAUGACCACCCAGAUGACCGCCGAAAGGACGAUCGAAAAGACAGCAUCAGCAGUAGUGGAGAAAAAAGGGAAGAUGAUAAAAAGGAGGAAGAUAAGGAGGAAGACUCCUAUGACUACAGAAAGCAAAACCGAAGUUAUGACAAAUAUAGUAGCCGAGGUGACCAUUAUGACAGGAAGAGAAAUGGCAAAUACGGCGCGCCUGAUAGGAGCAGCUACAGGGACAGUUACGACAGGGGUAGUUACAAGGACGGUUACGAUAGGGGUAGCUAUAAGGACGGCUACGACAGGGGUAGCUAUAAGGACGGCUACGACAGGGGUAGUUACAAAGACGGCUACGACAGGAGCAGUUACAAAGACGGCUACGAUAGAAGCAGCUACCGAAAUGCUCACGAUCGCAUUAGCUACAAAGAUAAUUAUGACCGAAGCAGCAACUAUGUGGAGUACGAUAAAAUGGACAACAAAUAUUAUUCAAGCAACUACAACUCCAUGAGACAUAAAAAUUACAAAAAUCAUCACAAUGGCCAUGGCAAAAUGAAUAAUUAUAAUUACCAGAACAACUUCAAGUCAGGUCAUUAUUAUAAAUACCCAUCUAAGGGAGGACCCAGCACCUACUACAGCAAUAGUAAAAAUGUUACCAAGCCUGGUGAAAAAGAGAAAACGGAAACCAAGGCAGAUAUACAGGCUAUCCCCAAGAAAGCCAUCGUCACCACUGUUAAGACGAACAACGUUUCCAUUAAGAAGAACCGUUAUGAGUGUUUAGAUGAUGGUGACGAGAGCGACAAGUGA